UGACAUUCCAGCUGCUUUUAAGACCAUUGUUUCUUGGUUGCCCCAUGAGGUGCUUUUUUUUUGACUUUAUGGGAAGUUGUAGGCAUUUUGACAAUGCACUAGGAUUUUUUAUUAUAAAACUUUAUGUUAAAAUGACAUUGCACAUGGGGUACACAGUAAUAAGAGGGGUGGAAGAAGCAUGAAAAUAAGGACCAAAAUCCACAGGAAUUUUUUCUAAACUAGUCUUCCUCUGCCACAUCUUCAACCCCUCCUGGAAGGUCUGAUGCGCCCCCUAUUCGCUGCCUCAUGGAGCUGUUGCUGCUGCUGGGAGGGUGAGUUCCAGCCCUCAGAUAUAAUGCAAUGGAAAACAAACUUGGAAUCUCAAACCUGGGGUUGCAUGUUGUCUCCUCUUUAUAUUCCAAGUAGUUUAGGACCAUGGAGAAGAGAUUGUAAGUAGUAUUUUUUCUAAAUUUUCAAUUUACUAUAUACAUAUUUUAGAAUAUUAAUGAAUUUUUAUUAAAGCAAUGUUAUGGGGGUGGUGUAGUCACUAGUUGUGUCUGACUCUUGGCGACCCAACAGACUGUAGCCUGCCAGGCUCCUCUGUCCAUGGGAUUUCCCGGGCAAGAAUACUGGAGUGAGAUGCCAUUCAUUUCCUUCUCAGGAGAUCAUCCCAACCCAGGAACUGAACCCUGGUCUCCUGCAUUGCAGGCGGAUUCUUGAUAGCACUGAGGUACCAGGGAUGUGUAUAUAUAGUUUUAGUAGUACUUCAGUGCUUAUAAGCAAGUUAGUUCCCUGCUCCUUCCUUUCUCAUUUCUCAGGAUUUCAUUUCAGCCUUUAGUUUUUUCCUAGCACUUUGGUUUCAAAUUUCUAAGUAAAAUGCUUAUACAGCUAUUUCUUUAUUUGAGAGGUAAGGAUUUCUGCCUUUUUACUUCUCCCCCCCAACCCCUUUUUUCUUUUUUGCUAAAUCAUCAUCAUUGUUUACAUUAUAGUCACCUUAUUUUCUAUUCAUUUCUGAACUGGAUGGUUUCCUGUGCUUACAUUACCAAUCUCAUAGGACAUCUUGUCUUGGUUUUAUACACACAUCAUUUAACUCUUCCAGAACAGUUCCAAUAAGUUUGUAAAACUCUUUAAUCUCUUUGUCACAUGGUCAAAGCCCAAAAGGAUAUUGAAUUCCUUGUUGUUUCAGUCUAGACUACUUUCUCUCAUCUGAGUGUACAGCUGUUGCUUGAGACUCCAUCCUGGGAUCUGUUUUCCACUCAAGUUGGAUUCCACAUCUCCUAGACCCCAUGUCUUUGCUAUUAGAUUACUUCCCUGUUAAAAUGGAAUGAGUGAAACUUCUGGGAAUGAGUGUAUGGGAAGUUGAUUAUGUUGAAACUUCAUGUGUCUAACAGGUACUUUGGCUUGGUAUAUAAAAUUCUAGGUAGAAAACCAAACUUGGGAUUUUGAAGGCAUUGCUCUACUCUAAUUAAAAGUGUUGCCACAAUGUCUGAUGUAGUUUCACUUUCUGAUUUAUUUUGUUUUGUUUUGUUCUUUGAAUCUCUGUCUCUGCUGUAAAAAUGUUUGGUACUGUGUUUUGGUAGACUGGCGAUCUGGGAAAUACUAAGUUCUUGACACUACCCUCCCAUCCUCCACAAGGAUGCAUGUACAUUGUCCAUGAUCUGGAACUCCCAUGAAAUGUUAGAGUUGCUGGAUGGAGCCUCUGGCCUUACUUCUUUUUCUUUCUGGGAGAGAUUGUAACAGUUUUCAAAUCUUGCUGUUGCAUUAUAUUUUUAGCUAACAUGAAACUACCUGCCUGUAUUUAGCUGUGUGCUUCACUGUUGCCUUCAGUUCCUGAGCCUGCUUGAAUUCUGUAGGAUCCAUCACUUACUCAGCAGUGAUGGUCCUGUGACUGUCUGCUAAGGGACAAUGAAACGUUCUUCCCAGGACAGUGGCUCUCGCAGCAUUCCUGAAGAUAGAAAGCUUUAUAUUGUGGAUUCCAUAAAUGAUCUGAACAAACUAAACCUCUGUCCUGCCGGAUCACAGCAGCUGUUCCCUCUAGAGGAGAAAGUCCAGGACGUCAGCACUGAUUCAGGAAAUGGAAGCCACAGUCUGUUUUUGGUGGGGCUGAUCAUCGUGCUGAUUAUCAGCCUGGCACUGGUUUCCUUUGUGAUAUUUCUGAUAGUUCAAACCGAAAACAAGAUGGAAGAUGUGUCAAGACGGCUAGCAGCUGAAGGAAAGGACAUCGAUGAUCUUAAGAAAAUCAACAGCAUCAUCGUAAAGCGACUCAACCAGCUGGACUCAGAACAGAGCUAAAGAAAUGAAUCGUCCAAGAGCAACUGCUAACACCUGAGCUUCUCACGGUCCAGGGAGGGUGUAGGGAUUAAGAACCACCAAGGGUAUUUGUGGGUCUUGAAAGGCUGAGUUUCAAUUACAGGGAUGGGAGCAACCCCAAGGCAAGGGGGCCUGGGGGCAGCUGCCAGAAAGGGGCUCGUUUUGUGGGAGUGCCCUUCAGCUUUCAUGGGCUCAAGGGUGGCAGGCAUGGGGCAGAAACAACAGUAAGCGAGAAAGGGCAUUUGGCUCUGCAUGUGCAGCUUUUACCAAAGGAGAUUUGUCACCAAAAUAAGGUCACAGUGGCCAGUAAAGUUCAUGGCCUCAUGUAUCUUUAUGAACUCUGGGGAAAGCCUAAGGGAUUCGUUGAAUUGUUUGUAUUCAAGGGGAUCAGGUGAUGAUUCUUUCCAAUAAAAGAGAUUCUGCUCAGGUGAUUAUACUUGACUCUUACUUCUUCAGGGAUGGGGGAUGGAUCGACUCAGAGCUAUCUGCCUACAGGUAUUUGUUGAUAGUAGUUAAGUGCAUAUGGUAGAGUGGGGACCACAAGAGAGAGCCUGAGUUAUUCAAAUAAUGUUUAUUGAGCUGUUGCUUUUUGCAAACCACUGUAUUCUACAGAAGUUUACAUUCAAUUGGGGAACAAAGGAGAUACGUAGUUAUAUAGAGAUAUAUAAGCUUUUUGACUUUCUGACAGGAAAAAAAAUCCUUCAGCAACCUGCUGAUUAAUUGUGCAGAAAUCUGCUGGGUUUAUAGGUUAUAGGUUUAUUAAAUUGCAGUGAGAAAUUGUAUAUUUGGAAUAUUUGGAACCUGCCUUGUUUCAGCACAAAAGUGGGCUCUGUCUGCAUGCCCUUCCUGGUGUUACUGUGAUGGAAGGAUUACCAUGUCUUCUGACCCCAGGGCCAAUGCACUGCCUCAUCCAUCGUGAGGCCCCUAGGAGAGCCUUGCUGUAGCUCCUCAGAUGGUUCUGAUUGGCAACCACCUGUGGGUGAGCCGGGCCCAGCCCCACACACCACACCCUGCUGUGACACCUGGAGACCAUUGGGGUGUGGAACAGCCUGGAAGGAGGAGGUUCCAGCUUCACAGUGUGGUUGCCGGCCGCAAUUUAGGGAACACGGGCCCUUCUCUCUCCUGGAAAGACUAGGGUCAUCUGGCCAGAACUCCACCAGUGAACUCCAGUCUCCAAAGCAAGGCUCUUGGAAUGGAGAUGGUGCCUAGUGUAUAGGAUCAUUGAGGAAGUUCAGUAUUACGCAUCAGGCAUACAGGUCUUAUUCACUUCAUUAAUAUUUAAUCGAAGAAUCAUACUGAGCUAUUUCCAGACUCUGAGUGGAGGGAACAGGGUACUGCCUUCCCAGCGGAAUUCUGAUUAAUGCACCAUCUCUGUGGUCCCUGAGGAUCACCAACUUCCUCAUCCCCCAACUAUACAUAUUUAUUCUGUGGAGAGGGAGGCAGAAAGUUGGAGAAAGUGGCCUUUCAGAGACGGACUCAGUGAGCAUGACCCAAUUAAUAACAGUAAGACAGAGGCAGCUGGGAAGGUGCAUGGUGUAGGCUCUUCCUGCACCCUGGCACUGGACAGACACUGGAGGACAGAUAUGUGCCGGCUGAGAUCUCAUCCAGUAGGGAUGAAGAAACCGAAGCACACAGAGGUUAGUGACUUGCCCAAGGUCACAUGGUUGGAGAAUUCAUGGUUCAAAUCCAGGAACUGAAGAUGAUCAUGUCCUCUCUAGUUUUCUGGAGUGUAAAAAUCAGACACUGUGUGAUUCUUCAGAUGAAAAAGAAAACUGCUCUUACGCUAACAAGGAGGUUGGAAUAUGUGUCUUGCACCUUAGAAAGCAUGGAAAGCGAAUAGUCAUGAAGAAAUAGAAAAUUAGGAAGACAAAUCAAUCAACUCCCUUGUCUCAUUAAAAAAUAAAGUCAGUCUUCCUUU